AUGACUGGCGACCGCGUCAAUCAAGACACGGAGCAGGAAACUCUCCAAGGCAACCCUUCCUCUGCCAGGUACCUUGUGCCAGGAUGUCGCGACAUGUCCUUGCAGCUCAACAGUGACCCAGCGGAGUCGACUGCAACAACGGACGAUACAUUGAAUGCACAAAACAGUGGGAGGACACUUCAAGGCUCAGUUUCAAGCCACUCCUCUCCUUCAACCGCCUCAACGAAACAACAAUGCAAUCUCGGACAAGGUUGCGUCCUCGAGCCGCCACAAGACUUGAAACCUGCUAUAAGGACAGACAUCGCUUUCGGCGAUGGACAGGGCACAGUCGGGUACAUCAGCGAGUUUGGAGAACUCAUUCAGGUGAGGCGCAUGCUGGAUUUUGGUCCGAGAGGAGUAAUCUACGUUCGUCCCAACUCGGACAUCUUCGAAUUAGCCCACAUUACCCAAGGCUCCUGUCCAGGCAUCGGGCUGCGCCUGAAUAACCGAUCGGUCUUGCCUGACAAAAAUUUCCGCCCUGUUUCGUACAUCCAUGACAGGUGGCCGAAGCUCUCAUACACCGCAGAGGAUAUUGAAGUCGAAAUGGUGUUUGCUGUUGUGGAUGGGAAAGUUGUGCAUCAAUGUGUGCUCUCUAACAGAGGCAGUGUUGAAGCCACGGUAGAUCUGGUAUUUGACCUGAGUUUUGCUCUGGAUACCUCGCGAGACUUUUAUCAAGAUUCCCAAUAUCGAAGCCCCACGGAGUUCCAGGGAGGGAUAUCCGUCUCAGGUAAUACCUGUAUCGUCCUCUGCGGCAAUGCUGGCGGUUAUGCCAAUUUCAGCGCCUCCCUAUACACAGACCAUGGACAUCCAGUGACACUCUUACCUGUCACUGCGAAAGAUCUGCUUGAGUCUUGCAGUGAACCAAAUCUUGCUCCUUCUCCCGCAAGGCUGAGAAUGGGCAAAGAGGACGAGCGGACAAAUGCCAUUUACCAUCUCCUGCCCACCAAGGUUGCCCCGAGUGGGAAACGAGAGCUGACGGCUGUUUAUGAUUUUAACUAUGAACGAUGGACAAGAGACCAGGUAUAUGACUUGAAAAUCAUGAGGCCACUAAGUGAUGGUUUCUAUGCAUCGCAACGCCGCCAUGAGGAAGCAUUCCUGACAGCCUACGAUAAUGCUAAAGCCAACAACGAUAGUGAGCAGGCAAACAAGCUCUUACAAGAGGGAGUUCCUGGAUACCACGUGGCCCCUGCACGAGAAGAUUUACAGCAUGGCACAUUAGAGGAUCUCGUGAUGGGAGCCAAUCGCCCCAAGGACCAGCAAUCACUUUCUCCAGAGGGCGAGGCUCGCGUCAUGUUUCAGGUCCCCUUCCACAAUCUUGGAGGCGACCCCUUUUGCUCUCAUCGUCUGUUUGGGAUUGAAUGGAGGUCGUGCUGGUGGUUAGAUGAUCAUGUUCCCAGAACCGAUGAUUUCUCAGACAUUCUAUGGGGAAGCGCGGGCGAAGCAUAUGAGCAAGAAAUGAAGACACUUGUUGCCGACAAGUUCAAAAUGUUACAAGCAGACCCCAAGACUCGACGAGUUUGUGGCUACGUGGAUGCCCAUGAGUACUUGGGUCAUAACUGCCCUGGAAGAUGGAUCCAGGAUCUUCCAGACCAGCGAACCAAUUUCCUCUUUCGUCGAUACUUGCAGCACAUUUUAACAGUGGUGCCCAUUGCCGUACCUGGGAAAAGAGACGCCGAUUGUGCUUACUUCUUCUGUACUGAAGACCUGCGAGAUGUGUCCAUGCUUCCUUCAGCCACUCUGUAUCAGUUCCGUUUUCUCGGUUGUAUGCAUCGGCUUCUUAUGAGCCAAGAAGGCAUCAUUGACGACUCGCUGAAAGCUUCCCUACUCUCAAGCAUUGAGAGAAUCUGCAAAGGUCAUCUAGCGUGGUGUUUUGAAGUCGCCCAAAAGACACAGAGUGGAUUGUGGACCGACAUUUACAACGCUUCAGGUGCUAAGCACACUCCUGAGGACGAUCAUCUUCACACCGUUACAAACUUCUUGAAACUUUUUGAUUUCUAUGUGGAGUUUCCGAUGGGCCGAUAUUUUGUUCUGGCCACCCUUAAAAACACACUUCUACCUUGGCUGAAGGCACUUCACGAGACCCGAAACAAAAACUCUGGCCUCUGGGAGUCGGGUCGAGAGACUAUACAAGUGUCGUGGUGGGAUCCCAGUUACCGAGAGGACGAGCAAGUAUCGACCCCCGAGUACGAUCUGUGUGAAUCUAUUCAGUAUUGGCAGGCUCUUCAUACCGUCUUCAGCAUCCUAAACGAAAUUCGAGCAGAAAAUACUGAUUCUCAAACACAUGGCGACGUUGCCAUGUGGACUGCGCUACGGUCUAUCACAAAGGAACUUAUGGACGGUUUGGAAAGCACGGGUCUUGCGAAAGAGCUAGCCCCUUCUACUCUUCGGGAGAAGAUCUUGGAAUGCUUCUCUUUCGAGAUCGAGAAGGUUUCUGUUGAGACGACGAUCCAAUCUGUCGAGUUCAAGAAUCACACACCGAUUUCCGGUUCGUUGGUGGAACAAGUGAAACAUAACAAGAAGAGACUCCUGGCCAUCAAGCGCUGUGCUAAGGAGCGGCCGAGAUGGAAUUGGUAUACGGAAUCCAUGAUACUUUGCCCCAAGUUCGACCUCGGUUUCUUUGAUACCGAUCGCCCUCCAUACCGACUUGAAGAGUGGUCGAAUGCCGUUGAGGCGCAACAGUUUCAACUGGAGGCGUUUUGGAGGAAACCCCUCCGAUACAGCUUGGCCCUUAUUUUGGCUUCUGACAGCAAGAUCUCACUCGAUAAAUCGAAAGACCCAGCAGCAAUGGCUUCUACGUGUACAACUGUUCUGCUGGGGUGUGUCUUGCGCAGCGGACUGAUGGCUGAAGAGGUAGACCCAAAAGACAAGAAGCCUCAGCGCAGGCAUGGAGACCUUCCAAAUGCCGGUUUUGGGGUGCCCUAUUACCUAUUCAGGGUAACUUAUGGAAACCUGAUUGCAUUCUACCCAAAACAGAUUUCCACUCUCUCUGACGGUUCUAGAGAUGGCGUCACCUUCGACGAGAGACUUUGGAAAAAGGCUUACAAAGCCAUCCGGUCCAAGACGAAGGCUGGCUUGUACAACAUUACAAAUGUUGACAGAGCCAACGUGGUCGACUUGACUGAGGUGUGCGAACCAGAAUGGUUGUUUGACCCUCCAUGGUAUUUCGCGAAACAGGAGCGUUUGGCGGACAGGUCGGGCGGGGAUUAUGGGAUACCAGAUGACCUCAAAGAAACAGUACGCUUAAGAUUGGACACUCUCAGAGCCUUGAAUCAUGGCGACGACAAUUUCCCCUAUGCCGUUUUCAACGAAGCUAUUGAGUUAUAUGAUCGUGAUAGCGACGAAUUCUUUCGAGAUGCUGACAAUGAACGGCUUGGAAGUGUCGUCGACGUGAUCAGGGCCGGCAAGCGUCAGUCGCGGAUUCAAGAAUUCAUCCCUAACGCUUGGGAGCUUCUUGAGCGCACAUCCAGGACUAGGACCAAGAAUGAUGUGAAGAAGAGGCUGAUAUACGUAUACGAGUGUGGACCAAGGUUCUCAUUAGCGAUAAAGAGCGAUACUCAAUGGCGACUUUCCUGGCUCGCCACCAGUCACGAGACGUAUUUCACCGUGAAGAUGUACAGACAUUUCCCUGGAAGGCCUGUAAAGCUCAUUUCUGACGAGAUAUCGCAGACGCACAAGUCCAUCAAUUCUUGGAUCACCGAGUUGCAUAUUGGCUUCUACAGAGUCAUUUCUGACUGGUCAGCUCCGACUGAUGAUGAUGAUUCCGAUGACGAGCAAGAUCCACGCAGUCAGUCUAUAUUCUCGGGAAAGCCAUUUCGACUGCCGGGCGACGAGACAAAUUGCAUCGAGAAAUGCGCAAUUUCUUUCCGUUUUGAUGGUGACCUUUAUGACCGAUACUGGACCUGUUAUGCCGCAGUAUAUCUGCCAGAAUGUGACACCGAAGAUCGAUGGUUUGCCGAUGUGAACUCGUUCAAUCUAAUGAGGCCUACCGGAGAAGGGAAUAGAGACACUGAACACAGCCAGCGCAAGAUCUUGGAAGCAAGGUGGUUUGAGGGAGCGACCAGGAUUCGCAAUGGACGGUACACUGCCACUGCCUAUGACACCUUUCGAGAGACCUUCGAGACGAACAAGACAACCUACUUCCGAUAUGGCGAAACGGUCAAAUUUCUCCGUCACGUUCUCGAGAACCUUGAAGCGGUGCGAAAUGUUGCCGACAAGUGGGAAAACCGAGCAAAUGCACGCGAAGUUCAGCCUCGUUGGACGCGUGAUGAUGAAGCUGCGUAUGCCCUUGAGGUCUCUAUUUGGUGUCGCCGAGCCAAAGCAAAUGUUCAAAACAUGGCUGUUCUGAAGAACCAGGUCGAGGCGAAACUGAAUCAUAUCAAACAACUCCGAGAGUGGCUUAUUGACGACUUGCAACUUAAGGAAGCACGAGUGUCAAAUCGAUCUGCGGACGAUGUGCGCAUCUUCACCUACGCCACCGUCGUCUUCUUACCGCUCAGCUUCGCGUCAAGCAUUUUCAGCAUGGGUGGAGCCCCUUCACACAGUACCGCCGUUUCGUUUGUGACCGCUGCGAUUAUUGCACUGAUUGCCACCCUUGCGUUUGUUCUCAACGCUGGAACCUUUAUGAGGGAGAUUGCAAAAUGGAAAAUGUGGGUUUUUGAUCUACCAGAUGAGGCUGGCUUUACCGAGCACUCGGAAAGCCAAUGGCGAAAAGUUGGACAGAAGUGUAAACACUGGUUUGUGCGUUAUCCCUCCGGCCGUGUCCUCGUCGCCUGGAGAGUGGUGGCAAUGAAGGACCGUAGAAACAUCGCGGGCAAGCUUCUCCUGGGCAUACUUCUUCUCCCUCUGUUCGCCUUCACAUGGAUCUGCGGCUUUGUGGCGCUGAACCUCUACGACCUGAUCAAACUCUUGUUCCUCGACCUGCCUCAAUAUCCACGCAACCGCAAAAAGCAUCAGGAUCAACUCGAAACUGCAAAAUCCGACGAGCAACUGUCAGCUACUCAGAAAGCCACCAAGGACAAGGAGGAAGGAGGCAAGGUUUUGGUAGACGCCUCCAACAAGAAAGAAGCACAGAGACGUGCAGCGGAGAAGGCUAGGGAGAAAUGGCGACACGAAAGACUCAAGAAUUUUAUGCACAAGCCACGCUUGAAGGACAUUUCGAAGCAUUUGACCGAGGGCAUGACGGUUGGAGAGGUCAGGGACGCCCACAGGCAAGAUGUCGAGAAAAGGGCAAUGGAGCUCGAAGAGCGCAGGCAAAAAUACCGUCACGCGAUAGAGAAUGUCUCUAACUUCAGCGACACCGAAGAUGAAGACGAAAAGGCAACUCAAUCGCGCAGGCGGAACAAGCGUCUGGCCCCAAUCUUCUGGAGAAGACGGCAAGAACCUGACGUCGAGGCCGUGGGACAUGGAGAUUGA